AUGUUUUGUCAUUCUUCUUUGCUUAUUUCUAAAGGAAUUAGCACCAUUUCUGUGCCUGCUCCUGCCAACGCUGCAGCUGAAGCAGUCUCACGCUUUGCUAGUGCUUGUGCUGAGAAGGCUGUUUCAAGUACCGCACUUCUUCAGCCAAUCGGUGGAUCGUCUCGCCCCAUCCACUCUCUUGAGCUUGUUGACCAGCCAUUAAUUUCUAGUGAAACUGCGAAGCCUCUAUCGACGACAGUUACUACCUCAUUGCCGACCAAUGAUCUCCUCUUGACAACUUUGGAUGAAAGAGCCCCGGGGCUUAUUAAGUCUACAGAAUUUGCUAUGAAUGCUGAUGGUUCAAGCGCCGCAUCUGACUUUGCUUCUCUGAAGCCAGCAGCCAGUCGAUUUUCAAUUCAACAAGCGACUUUACUCUCUAGUUCUACAGCUGCCUUAUUAUCUUCAACUAGUAACAUUAUUUAUCCUACUUUUUAG